AACCGGCUCGGUGGGAAGCGGAGCGCGGCAGAGGGUGCUCUUGUGUGCCGGGCGCCUGCGGAGCCCGUCUGCAGCGCCGCUGGCAGCCGAGGCGGGGAGAAACCCAGCCUACCUCUGGGUGAAGCAACCACCUCUGCGGGCCAGGAAGCGAGCUGUGGUGUGUGCUGCGUGGUGUCUGCUCAGAGCUGCCUGCUCUAGGAGGAGCCGAAGAGGAGCGGGAGAGCUCACAUCGAGAUGUUUGAGAGGUUCGGGAACCCUUAAUUAGGAAUAAAUCUGCGGGAUAAAAGAAGCUGAACUCUCCAGGUUGGCUGGCAAGGAGGAGAUCAUGAUCGGAUCCCUGCUCUUCACGCUCACCGGCUUUUGAGUUUCUGCAAACAGCGGUGCGGCAAGCGGCUCCCCCAUGGCUGCAGCCGGCGGCGAGGGGCCGGCGCGGACCCCGGUGCUGCCGGCCGGCGCUGCCCUGGCCCUGCUCGCCGGCGUGGUCUACCUGGGCGCCCUGUGUGCUGCCUGCAGACGCAAGGGCAGGAAGAAGAAGAUCCCUCCAGACAGCGUGAAGCUGGUGGACAAGUCCCUGCUCCGGCAGACGCAGCUGCGGUCGCUCAGCAAGUCGGACACGAAGCUGCACGAGCUGUACCGGGUGAAGGCCAGGGAUGAUGCCCAGCGGCCGGCCAGCCUGGAUUUCCCUUGCCCCGUGGGCCCCCCCGCCGGUGCCGACUCCCCCCACAGCUCCAGCGUCAGCAUCUUCCUGCACCGCGAGCUGCCCCGCAUCCCCGAGCCCCCCGCCGCCUCCCAGGCCCCCGACCAGACCUACUCCAACCUGCUCUUCACGCCACUGCGGAAGCCGGUGCCGGACACCGUCUACGAGUGCCUGGCGGUGGGGGGGGAGGAUGUCCCGGUGCCCCCCACACCCGCCGGCACCCAGGUGUCCCCGCCCCGGGCCAGGCACGGGGCGGCCGAUUACGCCUGUGUCCGAAAGGUGAAGAUGAUGGUGCCCACGGAGGUGCAGGAUGGGGCCGUGGCGGGGCCACCCGCAGCCCCACGGUGCUGGGACGGCGCAGGCAAUGCCCCCCAGGCAAAGCUGGAAGAGAUGUACUCGACGGUGUGCAAAGCCACCAAGAAGAAAACCCAGGUGACCUCAUCGUCCCCGAGGGAGGUGGGUGCUGGGUGGCCGCCCCCCCGCCGCGAGGAGGGUGCCCUGGCUGGGUGCUGGCCCCCGGCAGCCCAAACCCCCCCCGACCCUUGCUACGAGUCCAUCAGCGACAGAGCCUGGACUGCUCAGAGCCGCAGCCCCGACCCGGACUACGAGGCCGUGGACGUUAACUGGAAGAAGGCGGCAAAACGGGACAAGCCGCGGAAGGGCUGUGCCCCUGAGAACCUCUACGAAAGCGUCGGUGACGUUUGGGCAGGGGGGUCCCGGCGACCCUCCGCCAGGACGGCGGCCAACGGGCUGCAGGUGUACAUCACCAACCUAUAGCAUCCUCCCUCCUUGCCCCCCCCACCCCGGGAGCGGGGUCCUCGCUGCGGGGUGGUCCCACCCCGGCUCGAUGCCAUCGGGGCGGGGGUCCCCCCGGGACUGUCUUUUCAGGGGGUUGAGCCCCGUGGGGACGGGCACACCCGAGCCCAGUGCCUGUGGGGCGGCUCCAUCCCUGCAAGCGCUUUUUGUCUAUGUGUUACUUUUCUUUAAGUGUCCCUGUCCCAGCCCAAGCAGGUUGGUGUUGGGAUGCCCGGAGGGGGGCAGUUUGUAGGGGCUGGGUGCCACGUGGGAGCUCAGUGGGACGGAGCUGGCGCUGCCACCGAGAUGGGAGAACCAGAUUGGGACCGGUUGUGUUUUGGGGCGAGGCUGUCGGCCAGCCCUGCGGCCCUGAGCUGCGGGAUCAGGCCCCUCAUCAGCAGGGUUAUGCCAUGAGCGAGGGUCUCCAUCCUCCCCCCCCCCUGCCUAGGGGAGAGCGGGACCCCGUCCAGCCCCCGAGCAGCUUCAUUCCCAUCACUGAAUGUCACCAAGGCCAGUUAUAGGGACCAGCACAGCAGCUCCGGCCGUGGCCAGGGGCCAGCCACGUGCCUCAGUACCUUUCGGACCGGUGCAAAGGCGCCUCCGUGAGCAGCCGUCUCCCAAACACCAUUAAAAGGCUGAGAAGGGUUCAUCCUGCUCAGGAGAACACACUUUAAAA